AUGAGUGCGGACGCCACUAUGGACAUGGGUGAGACUAGGUCACACUCAAGGUCGUCAUUCCGAACACGGCCAGGGCCGUCAUUCCAACUAUGGGUGCGGGCGUCACUCUGGCCACGGGUGAGACCAGUUCGCGAUCAAGGCCGUCGCUCUAGCCAUGGCCAGGGCCGUCAUUCUGAACACAACUAUGGCUGGGCGAAACCAGGGCCGUCACCCCCGGUCAUAGAUACAACCAAGAUGCUAGGCCAAGCGGACAUGGCCGAGUUGGAAUCGUCGAUCACAUUGCGAUCUCUCCACGGCCUCAUACGAAGGGAGAUCAUUCUCUACCAGGGCCGGAAAGGAAUCUCGGCCACACCACAACUUUGGCCCACGUCGACGUUCCAGAAUGAAGGAUAG